CUCGCCCAUCAUGUGAACGAACAAGACUAGUGCAAACACUUUGGACGUUUCAGCGUAAGGAGAGGAUCCACUCGGCACACUUUGCUUGCCUUUUUAGGAGAAUAAUCCAGAAAGUUUUUACCGUGGAACGUCUUAUCGCUGCGUUACGCGCAAAGUUUGGUCAUGUUUUAAGAGCUGCGUGACGCGGAGCUGUUUGUGGAACUAUGCAUCACAACAGAGACGUGACGCAUCUCAGGUUGCUGCUGCUGUGCGCCUGCGUGGCCGUCCUUGUCUCGGGAGCGCACGCGGGUGGGAAGAAGCACAGCGGUCCCUGCGGAGGAAGAGACUGCAGCGGAGGCUGUAAAUGUUUUCCCGAGAAGGGUGCCAGGGGUCAACACGGGCCUGUUGGUCCCCAAGGCAUCACCGGGCCACCGGGGAGACCAGGAGAUCCAGGCAUCCAAGGGCCAAAGGGGCACAAAGGUGAUACUGGACGGAAUGGCAACAUUGGACCCAAAGGAAAUAUGGGAAUGACAGGCGUACCUGGCUUCUCUGGAAACGAUGGAAUUCCGGGUCAUCCAGGACAAGCGGGGCCCAGAGGAAAGCCCGGAGCAGACGGCUGUAAUGGAACAACAGGGGAAUCCGGCAUCCCGGGUCAAAUGGGACGUCAAGGAGCACCUGGUUUUUCUGGACAAGUGGGCAGGAAAGGGGAGAAGGGCGACACCUUGGAUGUCACCGUGUACAUGAGGAGAUUCAGGGGAGACGCAGGCACACCGGGAACCAAUGGACAAUUUGGCCUUCCUGGUAACCGAGGAUGGCCGGGAAACGCAGGGAUCCCAGGACCAAAGGGUCAACCCGGGCCACCAGGUCCUCGUGGACCAAAGGCCGUGACAAAUGUAAUCAAGGGGAUGAAGGGCGACCAGGGAGAGAUUGGACCCCCGGGACUGCCAGGAAACUCCACUCAUCCCCACAGUCAACCACCUUUCGGACCCUUGGGCCAUCCUGGUCCGAAAGGUUUCAAAGGACAAGCAGGAGAUCUGGCUGACAACAGAGGAGAAACUGGAAUUACGGGGUUCCCUGGAUCAAGAGGACUACCUGGUGCUCCCGGCAAGCCUGGAUCAAGGGGGGACGCGGGGGAUACAGGACAAGUCGGCAGACCUGGUCCAAAGGGAGUGAUAGGUGAAGCUGGGGAAUUGAUUUCAUCUGGAUUUUGGCCUUGGUCUUCAUCAGCUGGUGCCCUUGGUCCACCGGGUGAGCAAGGUCCCCAAGGUGAGAGGGGACCAAUAGGAGACCAAGGAAUUCCUGGACCACCAGGACGCACCGCUUCAUUUUCGCAGCAGCAAGUGUUUGAUUACGCCGGUCCAUUUGGAAGAAAGGGGGAGCCAGGAGAGAAAGGCCAACAGGGGGAAAAAGGAAGUCCUGCUGUCAGUGCAGGACCACCGGGCGACCCUGGUCGCCCAGGUUCCAGAGGUCCUCAGGGGCCCAAAGGAUCUUGGGGCGAUUUCUUCAAGGGGUCUCCUGGUGGUAGAGGAAGGCCUGGAAAUGCCGGUUUUAAGGGAGUCAAAGGGGAUCACGGGCAAUGUGAAUGCGCCGUUAACACCUCCCCACCAGGGCCAAUCGGGCCAGUUGGUGAAGUCGGAGACCCCGGGAUGACUGGAGAGUUUGGACGGGAGGGUGACCCCGGAGACCUGGGACCCUCAGGAGUGGAUGGAUUAUCCGGAACUCCGGGAGUUAUUGGUGAGCCAGGUCCGAGAGGCAGAAAGGGAGACACGGCUGUAGCGACCCAGAAAGGCUAUCGUGGAGAUCCUGGAAUUCCGGGGCAGGAUGGUGAACUGGGAAAGCAAGGAUUUCCGGGUCGAGUUGGUCUGCCUGGGUUUCAUGGCAGUCGAGGUCUUCCGGGAGACGAUUCCAAAGGACAGAGAGGAGAAAAAGGUUUCUCAGGUGUACCAGGUCGAGCUGGUGCACCUGGACUGAGAGGAGAGCCAGGUGCAGAGCUUGAGGGUAUCAAAGGCCAGCCUGGUUUACCUGGUGAUGCUGGUCUUGAUGGUUAUCCUGGAGUUGCAGGAACACCUGGUAUCCCAGGCGGCUGUAGUCCAGCAGGAGAUGGAGAACAAUGGGAUGUAACAGGUCCUUGUGGAACUUUCCCAGGACCUCCUGGACUACCUGGUUCUCCUGGACCCAGAGGAUUACCUGGUCUCACAGGUCUUCCGGGUGACAAAGGUCUGCCAGGUCUUUCUGGAGUAAAGGGACAUAAAGGAGAAAGCGGAAACUACGGCCCAGGUGGUCAACCUGGACCACCAGGUUUUUCCGGUCCCCGCGGUGAUUUGGGCGUGCCGGGGAGAAAAGGGUCAGUCGGCUCUCCAGGCGUGCCUGGACUGUCCGGACGGAUCGGAUCACCUGGAGAUAAAGGUGUCCACGGAGAAGUAUUGGGCGCAAGUCAGGGACCUCCUGGUGACCCAGGACCAUAUGGGCUUCAAGGGAACAAGGGUGUGGCUGGAGAUCAGGGAGAAUUAGGCUAUCCGGGAAUGGGGGGCAUGCCUGGUAUGAUUGGUUCCAAAGGUGACAUUGGCCCUCCAGGCCUGCGGGGUCUGGAAGGAAGUCCUGGACCACCAGGCAGUUAUGGCUACCCUGGUGAUCCUGGCAACGCUGGUCCACCAGGGCCACCGGGGGCUGUCGGAAUACCAGGUUUAACUGGUGAAAGGGGAACAGAAGGAGACCCGGGAGCUCCAGGGCCAUUUGGAAUAAAAGGUUUCCCAGGGGAACCAGGUAACUAUGGGGUUCUCGGGGAGAACGGCUUGCCCGGUAACGCAGGACUGCCUGGGCCAGAUGGAAAACCAGGACCUCCAGGAAUGAAAGGAUUCAAAGGGUCUCCUGGCAUGUCAGGUUUUGGCGGGGUCUCUGGUAAUACAGGCGUAAAAGGAUUCGGUGGGACAAAAGGAGAGGCUGGAUUGCCAGGACAAAUAGGUCCAAAAGGAAUGACGGGCAAUAUUGGACAAAAAGGUGAUCGUGGGUUAAUGGGCCCACCUGGUGAGAAGCCAGAGAUCCCUCCCCAGAUGAUAGUCGACAUGAAAGGACCCAAGGGAGAUCGUGGAAAUCUAGGAAACCAAGGCUUCGUCGGGCCAAGAGGUUCAAAGGGCCUUCCUGGUGUUCCGGGCCGUGAGGGAGGACAUGGGUUUCCUGGAGAACCCAGUCGUGAAAAGGGUUUCCAAGGUGAUCCAGGUGCACAGGGGCUACCAGGGUUGAAAGGAAUGCCAGGGUAUUCCGGGAGUCAAGGAAUUUCUGGCUUUGAUGGGAUGAGUGGUAAAAAGGGGGUCAAAGGAAGCCCUGGUGCUUAUGGUGCCACAGGGGAGAAGGGCAAGAAGGGAAUCAAAGGUGAGAGUGGCUCUCGCAUAGACAUUCCAGGAGCAACUGGACUGAGAGGAGAGGUUGGUUCUUCAGGAAACCCAGGUGCGAAAGGAUUAGCUGGGCUGGCCGGAGAUAGAGGACUUCCUGGUUUUGAUGGUAUCGAAGGGAAAAGGGGACAGACAGGCGAUGCGGGUGAUGUCGGAUAUACCGGUUCGGAUGGACAGAAAGGAACUCCUGGCAACAAAGGCCAGAAGGGUUUUGCUGGGCUGCCUGGAAAAGAGGGGCAGCCAGGUUUCCCAGGCUUUCCAGGAACAAAAGGCUUCCCUGGUGUCAUUGGUCUGUACGGAUUAGAUGGAUUAAAAGGACAAAAGGGUGUCUCUGGAAUUGCAGGUUUGGAUACUACUGGACCAUCUGGCAACCCAGGACCCAAAGGAGAGAAGGGUGAGGCUGGCAACCCAAACAACCAGGCAGGUGUGCCAGGCGUUGCGGGUUCAAAAGGCUUGCAAGGAGAUGCUGGUGACAAAGGUCAGCCUGGAUUAUCAGGAUUCCGUGGGCCAAGUGGACCAGAUGGAAAACAAGACAGAAUAGGACCCCUGGGGGAUAAGGGCUUUCCUGGACCCCGAGGAUUCCAGGGUUUCCCUGGAGCCAGAGGGUUUCCAGGUAUUGAUGCCUCCUCUGGAGAAAAAGGUAUAUCUGGAGUUCUUGGGCAUCCUGGAGUCCCUGGUAGAAAAGGGCUCAUUGGAGAACACGGUUCAAGUGGAUAUAGGGGACCACAUGGAAUUUUUGGGAAGAAAGGUGACAAAGGAGAACAGGGCUCAAUGGGGACUCCUGGUCAGAUUGGGUUCAAGGGAGAGAGAGGACCAUAUGGCCCUAAAGGAGAUACUGGACCGCCAGGUUUGCGUGGGUUGCCAGGAAACCAAGGUCCAAUUGGAGAACUCAGCAGAGUGCCAGGAGAGAGGGGUCGUCCGGGACCACAGGGUAUUCAAGGACCGAGAGGCAUUCAAGGCGAACCAGGACCACGGGGACCCCCUGGGGAUGCUGGGUUUUUUGGACCCAUUGGGCAGAAAGGCAUGCCAGGAAUAAGUGGAACACCAGGCACGCCUGGAUUCCGUGGAGAGCCAGGCCAAGUGGGCCAUGCUGGUUUGCAAGGAUUGGAGGGUAACCGGGGUAAACAAGGUGUCUCCGGUUUACCUGGCAUGCCCGGCCGCAGUGUCAGUGUGGGUUACCUGCUGGUGAAGCACAGUCAGUCUGAGCAGACUCCCAUGUGCCCCGUGGGGAUGUCCAAAAUAUGGGAUGGAUACAGUCUUUUGUACCUGGAAGGCCAAGAAAAGGCUCACAACCAGGAUCUUGGUUUGGCUGGCUCCUGCCUUCCCCGCUUCAGCACCAUGCCCUUCCUCUACUGCAACCCUGGAGACAUCUGCUACUACGCCAGCAGGAACGACAAGUCCUACUGGCUGUCCACCACCGCCCCACUGCCCAUGAUGCCUGUGGAGGAGGGCGAGAUCAAACCCUACAUCAGCCGCUGCUCGGUUUGCGAGGCCCCGUCGAUCGCCAUCGCCGUGCACAGCCAGGACAUCAACAUUCCGCAGUGUCCCGCUGGAUGGCGCAGCCUCUGGAUUGGCUACUCCUUCCUCAUGCACACGGCAGCUGGAAACGAGGGCGGGGGUCAGUCGCUGUCAUCGCCCGGAUCUUGCCUGGAAGACUUCCGGACGUCACCGUUCAUCGAGUGCAACGGCGCCAAGGGCACGUGUCACUACUUCGCCAACAAGCACAGCUUCUGGCUCACCUCCAUAGAUCAGUCGUUCCACACCGAGCCGGCAUCAGAGACGCUCAAAGCGGGCCAGCUCCUGUCGCGCAUCAGCCGCUGCCAGGUCUGCAUGAAGAACUUGUGAGAGGAGACAUCUUGGGUGUUGUCAUUUGGCCGCCAUCGAUCAGUGUAAAGCACAACAGCCCCCGCCUGAGUCACAAAGCUCAUAUACGCAAUGACUGUUUGGUGCCUUGAGAAACAAGUAUGUUGAUUCUAAAUGUGUAAUGGUGCUUACUGUUUUAACUUAUUACCUCAGGCAAUCACACAGAGACUGUUCGUUGCUCCUAUUGCACUGCAUCCAGCUUUAUCCUUAAGCCACUAACUCUGCUUGCCCACCAGGCCUUCAUUAUCGUUACGCUCUGUAUUACGUCCGAUGAGUCGUCACAUGAACUGUCAGCCAAAAUGUUAACUGCAAACUGUCAUAUACGAAAUGCACUGAUUCUAAUUUUGAGGUUAUUAUCUCGAUGAAGUCGACUGCAGCAAAAUGUAUUUUCAGGGUCACUCUCGACUCAGAAUCUGCUAAUGAUUAAUUCAACUGCCAGAACGUAAACAGCCUGGACUUGGAUCCAAGGUCCUUGGGUAACCUUUUUCUUAUCAGGGGACUUGGCAGUUUUCAAGUGUUUCAAGGGCAGGUGUGGGUAACAGCAACCACAGGCCACUUGAUUUGUAUAAAUGGGGGAUUCAAAACAUCUUUCCUCUACUAAAGUGGACCCCGCAAUAGAUUUGAAAAAACAAUGUUUUGUAAAUGGUAGACCAGCUUAAGUAUGGUCCGUUUUCCCCUUGUUUGCAAACACACCAGAUCACUAUCAGUCAAACAAUACUUAUUCAUUGAAAUACAUUAUUAUUGCAGUAUAAUGUAAAAGAUUAAAUGUUGUUUCUAAGA